UCGCGGGACGGCCCCGUCGGCAGGAUGGGCUCGACGAGCAGCUACGAGAAGCUGAGCAACGGCGAGUUCGAGGUCGGCCGCAGCAGGACCCUGCUGCACGUCUCGGACCCCACUCUGAUCGACUCCUGCGGCCAGCGGCGCCGCGCGCGCCGCUACUCGAGCUGCGACCUGGAGAGCCUCUACGAGGGCAUCAGGGUCCUCGACGGAGUGCUGGCUCGGCGCAGCGUGGCGGUCGCCCACGGCCACGCGCCCAAGCAGUCGGUCACCAUCAUGCUGUUCGGCACGCCGAGGCACGCGAUGCGGCGACGGGCGCUCGACGACGAGCCGACUAUCCGCCGGAUCGAGCGGAUCUCGCGAGCCAAUUCUGAAACCCGCUCCGACUGAUCCAGGAGACUCCCUGACUCCAGCGGACUCGGCGAGACAGCGGAGCGAACGGGACAGGAGCCGAUUCCAAGGACGGAAGGAUCGCACGUCGGACGUCGAUUGCAAAACAUGUUUUAUUUGUUGUACGCGCGUCGCGUCGCGUCGGGGCGCGGCGGCGACGCGCUUCCAUAAACUAUCCCAUACAUUUUCUCUGUCCACGUUACUUCCUUUGUCGUUGCGCGCCAUCGUUGCAGGUUCAGAACGAUUAAAGACGUAAUAAAAUAUAUUCUCGCGCGCGCACCCACGCACGAGUCUCGUCUACGUACCUAUUCUGUCGCGGAUUCGCGGGCCGGUCUCCCGACACGCGUGCGACGUGUAAAUAUAUGUACAAGGGUGUCUCGGGAAUGCACCGCGCUGAUGGUACGGCGUGUACGACUCGCCGAACUGACGAGCGAAAUGGACGUCGGUGAACGUCCGUUCGAAAGUCGAUGGUUUGCGAGGCGAGGAUAGAAAUUCUGUUUGAAAACAAUGGGCAGCGAAUCGAGAUCAUCGAGUUAGCUAGAAAAGUAUCACCACCGAAUCAAGAACAUCAAUUUUCCUCGAAAACUGUCAUUGACGAACAAACCUGUCGAACAAUAGUUACAGGGUACGAAAUGAUGCUACGUAUCACGGUGGGAGAUAUUUAACCGUGACCUUGAAAUGACCUUGAAAUGUCCAGCAGAGAUCACGUGAUCAUUCUUAAAUAGAACCCUAUAGUUUCUCCAUAUUUUCGAAGCCCACGUUGAGACUCCGUUUAACCAUAGAAAUGAAGUUUUUCGUAAAUCGUUAUCGAGAUAUCAACGAUCGGAAGUUGCCGAUUGGGUAAUAAUAAUCCGGUGU